AUGUCGUACACACUCAUCCAAGAUACCUUUGGCAAUGGCGUACAGGCCUUCGCAGACCGAGACAACCAGUACGGUAGAGUCAGUGGUGAAGCUAUGUGUGAGGGUGGACGUUACUUGCAACCACUAGAGUACAAGCACGCGAGACGUGGGAGUAAGAUUGUCCUGAAGGCAACUCCCAAGGCUGGCAAGCAGGUUACCGUCUGUGCCUUUUUAAAGGUCGCCCACCGGGGCGUAGGAUGGGAUGACACUCUGCUUCAAAGCGGUUUUUCCGAGUCAGGAGAUUUCAGAAUUGUCUAUGAAACUGGAGGUAUAAUAUUAAUGAGCUACUGCAAGGUCAUUACCGGAGAUGAAGUUGCUGCUCCUCUUCCAGAGAGUGUUUGCGCCAGUGGCACACUUGCAACCAAUGGGCACUUCUAUGAGGUGGCUCAGUACGUAAGGGGAACCAUGACUUGGCACGAGGCCAAGGCCACGGCAGAAGCAAAGACUCAUUGUGGCAAGAGUGGCCACUUGGUCACCAUUACUUCCAAGGGUGAGAGUGACCACGUGAACGGACUAAUUUCCGCAGAGACUUGUCCACGCGAAGAACGAGCUAUUCUUCAGACUUGGAUUGGCUUGACAGAUGCUGAAGAAUAUGGCUACAAGGAAGGCACAAUUGGGUGGGUCACCGGUGAGCCCUUCGAGUUUGAAAACUGGUGCCCCGGUGAACCAAACGCUUCUGGCCGCUCCCAUGACUUUGCAGAAAUCAAUUUUUCCACGAGCUAUGGUGCAUGCUGGGACGAUGCCGCAGGUCAAGAAAAUGUUGGGGACUCCAAUGAUAAGUAUGCCAAGGAAUGGCUUUGGUUCAAUGGGAAGGAGGUAACUUCUGACUUGCCAGCUGGAACGUGGGGAAGGCAACAGUUAGGUGGAUUCUUGGUUCGCUACAAGGAGUCUACAGUGCGAGCAGGCCUCAUCCGAGACGCGGAUAUCUACUUUGUAGGAUCAAAGGAAAAAUUGAUCUUCAAGGCCUUCAAGAGCUUCAUUCGCAUUGAUGUCGACUGGAAACACUCUGAGAACUACAAGAAUGCUGUAGGAUUGUUGGGAUCCUAUUCGCACCAAGGAGAGCGCUUGGGUCGUGAUGGCCAAUUUAUCAAAGAUACGAACACCUUUGGGCUGGACUGGCAAGUGAUUCCCGAAACGGAUGGAUCUCUCUUCCAUUCGUAUGAGGGCGCUGUUGUGAACCAGAAGUGUAUCAUGCCUGCUUCGUAUGAAGGGUCAACUGCUCUUCGUGGCCGCCGUUUGGGCACUUCGUCUGUGGACGAAGGUGUGGCGGAGAAGGCUUGCAACCAUUUGUUGGACCCUGAUGAGAAGAAGGCGUGUGUCUUUGAUGUGGUUGCCACUCAAGAUUUGAGCCUGGCCAGCACCUGGUAA